UUUCAUUCAAGAAACAAAAAAUCCAUAUUCACCACAGUCGCUCUUUUCUACACCAAGAUAGAGAGCACGCCACACAGAAAACAGCAACAGCAGAUACUCCCUUUGUCAACACAAGAAAUUCCUUUAUCGCCACUAGAACACAUUAUGGCUGCUACCGAUGUCAAUGGACUCGCGUCCCAAAUGAACUCCGUUAACCUUAACGGUGCCUCUCAGAAACCUCAGAAACCUGCCUACGUUCCUCCUCACUUGAGGAACCGUGCCGCUCCCCCCGCCGCUGUCCCUCCUGCGGCCCCCGCUGCCUACAGGCCAUCUCCCACCGGUCUCCCCACUCCCGCCACCACCCCUCCUACCAGGCAUAUUGUGCCUGCCGCCGUUGCCGAGGACGAUGUCGGUGGAUGGGGUGCACAACCUCGUGUUAGGAAAACUUUUGAGCAUGGUGCCCCUCCCGGAUUUGGUAGCUGGAAGAAUGGCCAGCACGUCGUCGGUGCUAGGAACACGAGGAUGGAGAAGGAAAUGUAUGGUGAAGUGGGAGACGGAUUGCACCAGGCCACCGGUAUCAACUUUGAUAAGUACGCCGAUAUCCCCGUCGAAGUCAGCGGUAAGGGCGUCCCCGAACCUGUGACUGAAUUUACCAACCCCCCUAUCAACCCCGUCCUUCUCGAGAACGUCAAGUACGCUCGAUACGCAACCCCUACCCCUGUUCAAAAGUACUCCAUCCCUAUCGUUGCCGAUGGCCGUGAUCUUAUGGCUUGUGCCCAAACCGGUUCCGGUAAAACUGGUGGUUUCCUUUUCCCCAUCCUUUCAGCUCUCUUCACCUACGGUCCUUCCACUCCUCCCGUUGAGCAGGACACUGGCUACGGCUACAGGAGGACAAAAAAGGUCUACCCCACCGCCCUUGUUCUUGCCCCUACCCGAGAACUUGUCUCUCAGAUUCACGAAGAAGCUCGUAAAUUCGCCUACCGAUCUUGGGUUCGACCUGCUGUCGUUUACGGUGGUGCCGACAUUGGCUCCCAAAUGCGUGCCCUCGACCGAGGAUGUGACCUUCUUUCCGCUACCCCUGGUCGUCUUGUCGACUUGAUUGAGCGAGGCAAGAUCAGUCUUGCUAACGUCAAGUACCUCGUUCUUGACGAAGCCGACCGAAUGCUCGACAUGGGUUUCGAGCCUCAGAUUAGAAGAAUCGUUGAUGAGGAAGACAUGCCCGGCGUCCUUGAGCGUCAGACGCUCAUGUUCUCCGCCACCUUCCCUCGAGAGAUCCAGAACCUUGCUCGAUCUUUCCUCAAGGAGUACAUCUUCUUGACCGUCGGUCGAGUCGGUUCUACUUCCGAAAACAUUACCCAGCGUGUUGAGUAUGUCGAUGACCAGGACAAGCGCUCUCUGCUUCUCGACUUGCUCCUUGCCGAACAAUCUGGCGGUUUGAUACUUGUCUUUGUCGAGACGAAGCGCAUGGCCGACACUCUCUGUGACUUCCUCUGUUCUCGUCGACACAAUGCCACCUCUAUCCACGGUGACCGUACCCAGCGCGAACGUGAAGCUGCUCUCUACGCAUUCAAAUCCGGUCGAGCCCCCAUUCUCGUUGCUACCGCCGUCGCGGCUCGAGGUCUCGAUAUUCCCAAUGUCACUCACGUCAUCCUUUACGAUCUUCCCAACGAUGUUGCCGAGUACACUCACCGUAUCGGCCGAACUGGUCGUGCAGGAAACGUCGGAACUUCGACUGCCUUCUUCAACCGUGGAAACACCAACAUUGGUAAAGAUUUGAUUGAGCUCCUCAAAGAGGCGAACCAGGAAGUACCUCAGUGGCUUGUUGAAAUCUCCUCUGAGAGGAGUUAUGGUGGUGGUGGUGGUGGUGGGUACAAAGGAAGUCGAGGACGAAGCACUGGUGGCGGCGGCGGUGCGAGGUUGGGCGGACGAGAUAUGCGUCAAGGUGGCGGUGGGUACGGCGGUGGUGGAAGGACUUCUGGGUAUGGUGGGGGUUACGGUGGUGGUGGCGGUGGUGCCGGAUGGGGUAGUGGCGGUGGGUUCCCACCCGCGGGUGGCGACUCUGGCGCGAGCUGGUGGUAAGCUGCCAUGCUCUCCUGCUAGUCUCCUCUUCCCUUCCAUCCCCUCCCCUCCUUCCUCAUUUUCUCCAGUCUUUGAAAGAAAACAGCUCCCAACCUCUCUUCCUUUCGUCCUCGGCAUUUCAACACUCUUGUGUUCCAUAGAGCUUAGAAAUCACGGACGAUAUAUCAUCCCCACCAUCCAUCACCUUCAUCAUCAACUCAAAAAAAAAAAGCCGAGAUCUUGUAUCCCUCGCACUUCGAUGAAUCGAAACGAUCCAGAAUUAUACGAUAUUAGAAGGAGACAAGUUUAGAGCAUUUCCCCACCCACCGCCACCCCUUGUGCCUUGGGAUAUCCAUUUUCAUUCAUGUAUCAACAAUACUUUUCCCGCCCCCCCCCGGCAUUUCUUUUGAGGGUUCAUACCCCCUCUAGAAUGCUCUUUUUUCAUUCAUUCAUUUCGAUAUCAGUUUGAUGACCCUUUUUUUCUUUAUUUUCGCCUUAUGUGGAUAGACCAUUCUCUCUAGCAUCAUAGAUAUAUGUUUAAUCGAACGGCAGCGAACCUCUUAUAUAUGGGGAGUAUUUUAUUCAUAGUAACUCUACCUUUAUCAUUUGUGUGUAACGACUAGUAAGACAAACUUCCAAUCGGGUAUACGGAGGAGAGAAACGAGACAGUAGCCAAAAAGCAUAAGGGAAUGGAAAGGAACUUUGGGAGUUUAUCUUGGUGUCGUCAAGGGUGGAGAGACGUGGAGGGUUGCUUCGUAGAUAUGCAUAGCCGAUGCGCUUGUGAC